CGCGGGGUCCCCGCGAGUGGACUGCGGUCGGUAUAGGUUUCUGCUAACAAAAAUCUUUUCCUUUGGCUGUUUUUGUUUCUUUCUCAUCAACUCACAUGGAAACUCUGCACGUAACGCUUUCACUCGCAGUCUGAACUACAACUUACCCUGUAAACCCCGCGAGAAGGCGCAUGAGCAGGCAAUCCAAAGGCAGCACGCCAGGACCAAUUUCAGAAUCGCACAACAAGAGCGACUCAUACGCGCGUGAGACUAGGCCAACUUCGACUCUCGACCACGCAGCAACCACGGAACCAUGCGAGGCUACAGGUUCACCGGUAUCUGCGUCCCAGGCAUCUUCUCAGGAUGAAAGAUCUCUGCACUCUCGUCAGAACAAUGACAAGCGGUCUAUCAAUCACCAAGAUGAUUUCCCUUCGGCGGACCCAGAAGGCGGCAACAACAACGACGUAACUCUCACCAGAACGAAAUCUACCAUCGGCCCAGAUGGAGAAAUCUACCCAGAAGGCGGCGUGCGCGCCUGGCUCGUCGUCUUCGGCUCCUUCUGCGGCAUGGUUGCCGCACUCGGCUGGAUGAACACCAUCGGCGUGUACGAAUCCUAUCUAGCAGAAAAUCAGCUGGCAGAUUACUCCAAGAGCACGAUCGGAUGGAUCAUCUCUCUCUACGUCUUCUUGUCCUUCGGAGCCGGGCUGGUCAUUGGACCAAUCUUCGAUGUCUACGGACCUCGUCUGCUAGUUCUGGGAGGCGCAGUUCUCAUCAUGCUGGCGAGUAUGCUCUUGGGAGUGUGCACUGAGUAUUGGCAUUUUAUUGUCGUUUUCGGCAUCUUGGGGGGAACUGGCACCGCGCUGGUGUUCACGCCUGCCAUCGCUUCUGUUGGCCACUUCUUCUACGCGAAGCGCGGUAAUGCUACGGGAUUAGCUGCAACGGGAGGUGCCUUCGGAGGUGUUAUUUUCCCUCUGAUGCUGCAAGACUUGUUCCCCAAAGUUGGCUGGGCAUGGGCAACGAGGAUUCAGGGAUUUGUGUAUUUGGCACUGCUUGUUGUGACGGUUCUCCUUGUUCGUUCUCGACUGCCGCCAAAACCAAACCAGUCUAUUCUGCCCGACUUCACGAUAUUUGGUCAGCUGAAUUUCGCUCUCGUUACGAUUGGUACUUUCAUGAUGGAAUGGGGACUGUUCGCUCCGAUCUCGUACGUCACGGCUUACUCACUGUCGUCCGGCGCCAUGAGCACGACCUUUGCAUAUCAGAUCAUCGCGAUUUUGAAUGCUGGCUCCAUUUUUGGACGAUGGCUACCAGGUCUACUUGCGGACAAGAUUGGACGCUUCAACGCCAUGCUGAUCACUUUGUUCCUAUGCAUGGUCUCGUCUCUCGCUCUCUGGCUGCCCGCAACAAUUCUCUCAGCCACAGAUGCACGCGAAGACAACGUGAACACCAUCUUUGGCCUAACAAUCACCUUUUGCGUCAUCUUUGGUUUCGCAUCAGGAUCGAACAUCAGUCUGACACCAGUGUGCGUGGGCAUGCUAUGCAAGACGGAGGAGUACGGUCGUUACUAUGCUACUUGCUACUGCGUUGUAGCUAUCGGUACUCUCACCGGCAUUCCCAUCGCUGGUGCUUUGAUCGAAGCAUGUGAUGGAGCUUACUGGGGUGUUGCGCUGUUCACUGGGCUCUGCUAUGUUCUGUCUAUGGUGGCAUACACAAUCGUGCGCGUAAGAAUGGUGGGAUGGAAGCUCAGUGCGAAGUUUUGAUUGAAUGUUUGGGAAGCAGGCGCAUGUUUACGGGCUCGCGAGGUGAUGAAGGGUUGUUUCGAGGGGGAGUGUGAAGGAUGAUAAAAGAUGAUGGCGUGAAAGACAGCUGCGAGGAAAGCAGUUUAACUAGAGAGUCGAUCGUUACGCAAAUAUAAACAGUCACC